CGGACCAGCGCUGGGCGAUCAAAACGAAAAUGGUGGUCGAUAUGGAGUUGCAGAAAGCUAAAGAUGCCGUUCUUCAGCUGAUGAAGGAGAAAGACAAGAUUGAAUCUGAUCUACGAGCGCUGAAGGAGAUCUUAGAUUCCAAUCAUAUCGGCAUGGACGAGCCGCUGGUGGAUUCCGAGGGAUAUCCCAGGCAGGAUAUCAACGUUUAUCAAGUGAGACACACGAGACACAAAAUAAUAUGGCUUACAAAUGAUCACAAAGAUUUGAUGAGGAAGAUAGAAGAGGGAUUGCAUAGAAUUCAUGCUUUAGCAGGAACAAGUCUGGCUGAACCGAUAUCCGAUAUAUCUGACGAUCAAGAAACAGAAGCGCUGGAGCCUUUCCUCAGGGUGAAUUUAGUUUCACCUGGUUCGCCAGCAGAGACUGCGGGCAUCCAAGUCGAGGAUCUGAUAUUGGAAUUUGGAUCUGUUCGUUGCCGAAAUUUCAAAUCCUUAACAGACAUUGGAAAGCUAGUGGAAAGCAGCAGGUACAAGACGAUCAACGUAAAAAUUAAACGCGGUUCGAAUACUAUUGUUUUAUCGUUAACCCCGCGUCCUUGGGUUGGCAAAGGCCUUUUGGGUUGCAACGUGAUACCUAUAGAAAUAGUUGAAAGAUAAAAUUAUACCGGAGAGCAACAUGGAACUAUUUUUUUAGCCUGCAAACUAUUUUUAUGUAUAUCUUACUAAACAGAUGUAUCUCAAUAAAUGUAUCUUUGUAAGUUAUUACCCUU